AUGGCGUUGCGCGCGAAGUCCGCGACGCGCCUCGGACUGUCCGAUGGGCCGAGGGAAUUUCAGGACGACGAGGACGCCCUGCCGCGCGGCUGCCGGCGCUGGUGGCCCGACCUAACGCUGGCGCCGGUGCCGGCGAAACUGCGGAGGGAGGUCCGGGAGGCGAUUCCCAGGCAGCCGCCCAGGAGGAACUUUGCCAUGUGGCAGAUGAAUUUCCCCGCAGAGCUGCCGAAUGGCAAGAGGAAUCCUGUGUGCGCGUUGGGCGAGUGCGGCGAUCCCAGCUGCCCCACCUAUCGGCCCAAGCGUCCCGAAGUGCGCAUGGCGGUGGAGAAGUGCAUCCUGGAGAAGUGCCAGUCGCAUUUCAAAGCUGGAACCCUGAAGACCUAUGCGUCCAUAGGCUGUGGUCUCCUAGGCCAAGAUUGGAUCGUGCUGGAGCAGCUCCGCGAAGCAGGCUUGCUGCCGCGACGAGCGGUCUUCGUUGAGCUGCGCACCGCACGUCCAGUGAUGACCUGUGAGGGCGGCGAGUUCCCACGCCUCAGCGGUGGCGGGGGCAUCAACCUUCGGCAGACAGGUUUCAUGGGCGACUUGGGGCCGGAGUUUGCCUUUAGCGCCACACUGCAAUUCGAGCAACCCAUCGCACCCAGCUUGAUCUUCCAAUUCUGCAACGACGGGCAGCGCGACCGGAUCUAUGCCGAAGCAGGCGGUCCGGAGCAGAUGGGCAGCAUCCGCUUUGGCGCACAGGUCGGCACCCAGAGCCACAGUUUUUUGGUGGAAGAGUGUUGGGACCCCACGGAGCGGCAAGCACACUCCUUUCUCUUUACAGUCAGUGCAGUGGGCAUGUGCAAUGUCUUCCGUGACGGCGAAUUGAUCGGUCGCUCCUAUGGCUUUGCGCCCAGCACGUGCUCACGAAAGCAUCUCUAUGUGGGGCAAGGGCACGGAACCAAGCUGUUCUCCGCUUUUAGAGGGCGCAUUCAGAAGAUCAAGGUCUGGGAUCAAGAAGUGGAUCCGAUGGCCACUGACAUGGCGUACAGCCAUGAAGUGGGAAACGCACACCAAACCAUCGCCCAAUGGUACAAGAAUGAGAUGGACGUCUAUUCCUUUGGCAGCCUGGCCGCCUACGCCGCGGCCUGCCAGAAGGACGAGCGCUUCGCAGCGGAUUUGCUGCUGAAAAUCGAUGUGCACGAUGAGUUGGAUGGCUAUGAUGAUUUCGUGUGCAAGGCCCUGGACGGCAAUGGUUUGGCCUUGACUUUGGGUGGUCCGGGCAAGAGCUGGCGUCGCUCGGGGACGGGAUGGCUGCCAGUAGACAUGAAGUGUCCGGUGUUGGACUCGGCAGAGGAGAAAGUCCUGGUGCCUUGGGCCUUCCUGGGCUCCUUCCCCGGCGCUGCGGCGAACGCCUUCUUCGCGUCCUCCGAAUUUUUGGGCCGCGCCGAGGGCUCCGAGCCGCGCCGCACGGCGAAAGAACGGCGGCCAAGGCGCUAUGGACGAGGCCAGCGCCGUGGUCGUUCGGAGCGUUCGCGGCGGGGUCGCACGACAGCGAGGGAAGGACGAUGGUAUGGCAUGACGGACGAAGCCCUGGCACCGUCCUUGGCGAGCGGCGACGUCUCGACGCUGGAGGAGUUGUUGGAGGAGGUGGAUCUAAUGGCGCCGGUCGAGACCGAAAUCGGUUCCAAUCUGUUGUCCCAACUGGAAGCCAUGGAGCGAUGUGAAGAGGACGAAGAAGACGAACUUCCAGGGUUGGUGAUCUAUGGCCGGUAG